AUGCAAAACCCCAUGACUCCUUUUAUUGAAGAACCUAUUGCCUCAUACAUUGAAAAUAAUGAUGACCCUAAUAAUCCACAUAUAGAAGAAAUUAAAGUAGUUGAUGCUGAAAGAUUAUUAUUAAAAGAAAAAACUAUAGAUGAAGUAGCAAAUGGUCAAUACAUUGCAUUAAUGAGAAAAAUGGCAGAGAAAUACCCUGAUAAAGAAGCAAUGGAUAAAAUUUUUAAUGAAUUUUGUCAACAACAAACAAAUAGUGGAAUGAGUGAUCAACAAAAACAAUAUUCAUCAGCAUAUAGAAUGAUUGAAAGUGCACUUGCAACAAGUCUUUCAGCAGGAGAAAAUGGAAGUAAAAUUAUUGGAGGAUUACUUUCUAAUCCAGCUAAAGUUGUUAUGCAAGAACAAAGUUCAAGCCAACAAUAUCCACCAUUAGGAAGUGAUUUAAUGAUUCUUGAAUAUCAAAGAGUUUUUAAAAAAUGUGUUGAAGGGACUUUGAAAAAUUCAAUAAAAUUAUUAGAAAAAACACGAAUUGAUUCAGAAAAGGUAUUUAUGGUUUUAAAAGGACUUUCUUCAAGUUGGAAAUUAGAAAAGGAUAAAAAUGGAUUAAAAGUAAUGUUAUUUAGUGGAAUUAAUAAAUAUUCAACAUAUUUAAUAUAUUCACAAGAAUUAAAAGAACUAAUUCCUGUAAUUCCUAAAAAAAGUAUGGGAUAUAUUGAGAUGAAACUAAUGUCUUUAGAACAAUUCAAAAAUCAAAGACAUGAAAUGAAAGAAGAAAAAAAUUUAAAAUAUAAAACAGCUUAUACAAAUACACAUUUUAAUCUUCAUUUAUUAAGAAAUAAUAAUAUUAGUCAAACUGUAUUUGAUUACUUUAUGUUAACAAAUCCUAAUGAUAUUAUUCAUAGAAAUGAAACAUCAAUUACAGUUUUAUUAAAUUCUAUUGAUCCAUUUGUUCUUCAAGUUAAUUACAUUCCUAUUCAAUAUACUUUCACAGUCAAACCAAAUGAAGUAAAUUAUAACCAUUUUGAAGUUUAUGAAAAAGAACCAAUUGAAUUUAUCAUAACUCUAAAACAAAUCAUUCAACAACAAAUGAUAGAAAUAAAAAAUGAACAACUUCCAGAAAAUGAAAAAGUUGUUAUUGACAAGAAACAAGUUCUUGAUAAAACUUUUAAUUAUUUAAUUAUGAAAAGAAAAAGAAUUGAAAUAAAUAAAGUGUUGCAUGAGGUUGCUUCACGUUAUAUGAAAGAAUAUAAAGAUCAACUAGUAAUUGUCCAAUGGAUUGCUAGAGAUCAAAAGAUUGGUAAUAUCUCUUUCCAUUUGUCCAUUUAUAACAAAACAUUAUACAAACAAAACAAUGACUGUGAACCAUUGAGAGUAUAUGAUGGAAUGAUUUCAAAUGGAAAUGAAAUUCAUUUCCAAGGAAGAGAUUUAACUUAUUUGGUAAGUUCUGAAAUUGGAUUUAUCAUUCUCAGAUUAUUAAAACAAAAGUGUUAA